GUCAAUACUUCCGUGAAUACGAUUGGUCGAAAAGAUACGUUUCGAAACGCUACUUCCGUUUACUUCUUCAGCACGUUGACAUCGGGUCGAAUUUUACAAGUCAGAUCCGAUUCUCCCGUUUGUUGACCUGAAUCAAGGACGCAUGUUGGACGCAUCAGUGGUCUGAGGUCUAAAGACAGGCGGUGCCAGUCAGGCAAUGCAGACUGUGCUCAGACUGGCAGCAGUAGCGGUCCCUAUGGGUUUGCUGCUCUCCAGAACCAUGGCAUGGAUCUCUAGUGGCAAAACACAUAUAGAGCUCAUCACUCGCUUGAGAGAUCAUGGAGUCAUCCACAGUGACCGAGUGUUUAAUGCUAUGCUUGCCACCGAUAGAGGGAUUUAUUCCAGAGACCACCCUUAUGCUGAUUCUCCCCAGUCCAUAGGAUUCAAGGCUACAAUCAGUGCCCCUCAUAUGCAUGCACAUGCUCUUGAGGUUCUCAGUGACAAGUUAAAAGAGGGAGCCUCAGCCCUGGAUGUGGGUUCAGGAAGUGGAUAUCUCACUGCAUGCUUUGCCAGAAUGGUAGGGCCCUCUGGAAAGGUAGUGGGAAUUGAGCACAUAGAUGAGCUGGUGCAAGCCUCUAUGAAAAAUGUCCAGGCGGACGAUCCAGAAUUGCUUUCCUCUGGACGAAUUAAAUUAAUGGUGGGUGAUGGACGGUUAGGUUUUCCUGAUGAAGCCCCCUAUGAUGCCAUUCAUGUUGGAGCAGCUGCUCCUACACUCCCUAAAGCUCUUCUGGAACAGUUGAAACCAGGUGGGAGACUUGUUUUGCCUGUGGGCCCGGAGGGUGGAAGCCAAGUUCUCGAGCAGUAUGACCGUCAGAGCGAUGGCACUUUCCUCAGGAAAGCGCUGAUGGGUGUGGUUUAUGUCCCACUGACAGACAAACACCACCAGUGGCCAAGUGAUGAGCUCUGAUUGCAGUAUGGUUCCCCCUGCAGGAGAUGGCGCUGGUGCUGUGGUUCAGCAAGCCCUUAGUGCUGAGGGAAGGCCUCUCAUCCCAUCUCACCUGCUGCCUAGCAACACACUCGUCUGGAUCGUUCGGAUUCUUGACUAAAAACUGAAGUUGAAAUGCAGCAGUAGAUUGAAAUUAAUGCUGUAAUUUCUGAGGUGGUGUCCCUCCCUUCACAUACUUAAACUGAGGGAGCAAGACCUUCCAUAUCUAAGGCUUGUGAUCUCAGUGUGCUUCAUAAGUGGCUAUGUGUUCAGCUUUAACAUACUAGACAGCAAGAAGUAAUCAAAAUAGAGUGCAGUUCUAAAUGUAACUGCUACCAUGCUACCUUUUGAUGAAUUAUUUUGAUGUCUCACUGCUCACUCAGUUUACAUGUCAAGGCUUAAAUAAAUGGGAAACAAAAAUACUUUUAGCUAUUGAAAUUAAGAAUGAGUUUAAAAAUGUAUUCUCUUUUUUUCUUUUUAAUUCUGUGUCAGAUCAGAGUCAGAUGUUUAGUUGAAGUGUUUCUGUUGUCUAAUCAGCUGUGUAAUUUGACAAAUUUAAUUAAUCUAAGAAAUGUUGUAGUAAUGUACACAAUUAAAUGUAAACACA